CCCAGCAAGUUGUUAUUUGAUGUACUUGCUGUCAGAAGUUAUUAAAAUAUAAAACAUAUUGUCAUAAAUCUUACCUGAAAACUAUUUAAACUUGUUAUAUUGAUGGCUGCAAAUGAUAUUGAACAGCUGUUUGAUGUAGACAGAUUUCCUGUUCCUCUGUUCCCCAUUUCAGCCCAGUCAUUAUUUGUCAUAUUGUACUUCCCAUUUGGACUGAUUUUAGGAGUUUUGCGGUUCUUCAUCCUGCUGCACACAGUGCUGGUUUCAUUCAUCUUACCAAAAACAUGGCUUAUCAGAAGCAUAGUGCUGCGGGUGAUGUUGGGCGUGACAGGACUAAUACUUACUACUGAUGGAGAUGAGAAUUACGAUGCCCAUGCUAGGAUUCUGGUCUCAAACCACACAUUGUUUCUAGACCACAUUAUUACAGACAUUCUCAUUCCACAUUUCAUGCCAAUUAGUAGACCUGUUACACCAUUCUUCGAAUGGUUGCUGAGUUUAAAAAUGCUGCCAAGAGAGAAGAGCAAGGAAGAAAUAAAAACUCUUGUUAAAUCAUUUUGUGAUGAAUCUACAUUUCCACUGCUGUUUUAUCCAGAGCAGGCAACAACAAAUGGAAAAGUGGGACUUCUAAAAUUCAAUGUUCUACCUUUUGAUAUAGGUCACUUAAUUCAGCCUGUUGGUAUUACAGUGAGCCGACCCACCGUUUUUAACAUAAAUAUUACUGUUAUUCAGAGCUCUUGGAUGUGUGACCUACUAUGGUGCCUUUUUGCCCCUUACACAGUUUACACAUUAAGAUUUUUGCCAGUAACGGAAAAGAAAGAAAAUGAAUCUACGGUUGAGUUUUCUGAGAGAGUCCGGUUCAAUCUGUCGAAAUCGCUGAAUCUGAAACUGACGGACUUCACCCGGUCUGACAAAACGGAUUACCUCAAGAGAAAGCAACUCUUACCACCUAGUCAAAAUGCACAAUCGGCAGAGAAGAAAGCUGAUAAAAAGCCACAGUCUGAAGUGAGGGUUGAGGAACAGCCGAUGGAUCCGAAUUUACAGAGGAUGAUCGAGCAAGUCCAAGCAGUUCUUCCUCAUGUUCCAGCAGCAGCAAUAAAGAAGGAUAUUGAAGUCACUUGUGAUGUUGAUGUUACAAUUACAAACAUCCUUGAGGGUCGGGUGCCCUUUGCCGAAGAAAAAAAAUCAAGUCCAAACAUUGGUGAUGGACAUCACAUAGCUAACGAUAUAAGCCAAGUGACAUUCAAGGCUGAGAGUUUUUCAAAAAAUGUAAAAGAAAGACAUUUGUCACUCGAGGAAAGGAAAGCAUUAAUGUUAGAAUCAGCAAGACUUAAAUACAAGCAAAAGCACAACCUGUUGUAGGGAUAUUUGAUUGUUUUGAUGUGUGAAACGCUGUGCUUGUGAAGGUGACUACAUGUUAAAGCAUAACCUGAUGUAGCUAAUAGGUUUGCAGUUGAAAAGCAGUUCGUACUUCCAAAUGUUUAUAACUAAAUUUUGGAGUGUAAUGUUCAGUUAUAAAUUUAUUAUUUUGAGAAAAAAUGGUACAAGUCAUUAAAAAAACAAAGCAUAAGAAAAUGUCUGUUUCCAAUCAUGUAAAUAUUGAGGGUCUUCUUUGUCUUUGUUGGUUCCAGUGUUUAUAGGCUUAAACCCCAGCCUGUGCUCAGAUAAACUUGGUUUAUAACAGAUCACCAAUUAGUUUUGUAUGCAACAGAUCCAAAUUGAUACCAUCAACGAGAAAUCAGACCAGAGUUUACUUAUUAUAAUUUUGAUCGACUUAAUAUAAACAAAGAGUAUCAUGGAAGUUAUAAAAUUAUUUUAUUAAUGUAAGUGUGAAAUUGCUGGGUUCAGCUACAUAUCAUCUGGAAAAAGGUAACCGUAUGUAGGAUUUUUUUUCUUUUUUAUUAUUGUUUUUUAUGUUUUGGUGUGGCUGUUUUUCAGAAACUUAUUGAGUAGCAACUCAACCAAGUAUCACCUACACAGAUAACUCCAACAUCACUAAUUAUUUGAGCAAACAUACUUUAGUCAAAGCACAUAUGACAUGCGUGACGAGGUUCCAGUGAAGUUUUUGUAUUGGAGCUAGCAGAGAUGAACUUCAUACCUGUGCAUAACAGAACACUUGGGGCCGAAUUUACAACACAGGCUGUUUAUGUCUUACGAAUGUGUAACCACGUACAUUUACAAUGCUUAAACACCUGCAUUUAAGAAAAACAAGCUGCAUAAAUCCGGCCCUUAAAUUGUCACAGGACUCCUCACUUGCACAUGAAUAAUGUCAAUGGUCAAUGGCAUGUUUUUUUAUAUUUAGUCGAUGUUCAGAUUUUAUGUUAGUUGUCUGUUUCACAGAAACUAUGUACUAGAUGAAUUGGAUAUGUAUCAAAAUAAAGGUUCAAUGUGAUAAAUAAAAA